ACGUUCGUUGUGACGUAUGUACGUACGUUGGUUGAAGCGGAAAUGACCUGAAGCUAAGCAUUAGACAGCACCAAAAUAUUGAAAUCCUUUCGUUUUCAAAUCGUACAGUAACCGUGCAAUAUAAGAACACAUAUCAGAUAUUCAGUUACACAGAUUACCGAUUUCGUUAACGAUUGGGUACUUAAAUUGCGUCGAUCAAGAUGGAGCAGGACACCAGCCCAGAGUCUGUGACCUCACCUCCUCCAGGUGCUGCCGCUAAGUCAAAGUUGGACACGUUGUCCAAAGAUGACCUCAUCAAGUUUGCCAAGAAGCAGAUGGCUGCCAUACAGAAGAUGAAGUCCAAAUGUGCAGUUUUGGAAAAGGAGGUUGAUACUCUCAAGUCUCAGCCAAAAGGCAAUUCAGGUGACUCCAUCAUACAGGAACUGACUGAGAGGAUGAGUGCCUUGUUGCUGGAAAAGGCUGAGACCCAGCAGAGUGCGGUGUUGCUGCGGAAGGAGAAUGAGAAGGUCAAGCACCGGGAACAGGAUGCAGUAGGGAAACUGGCCACCCUGCUGGGAGAGUUGGACCAGGCCAAGGAAGACCACCAGAAGAAAAUUGCAGCCUUGGAGAAGAGCUUAGACUCAUCCCAAGCCAAACACAAAGAAGAAGUUGAAUUCUUCCAGAGGCUUCUGAGGAAGAAAGAAGAGAAUGACAGAGAGAAAGAGAGUGAAAGAGAGAAAGAAAAGCAGAGCGAAAGGGAACACACAAACCAGAGUGUAGAAGCCGUUAGCUGCAGCCUGGAGUCACAGAUCCUGAGUCUGCAGACAGAGCUAGCUGCAGCCUUGGAGCGAAGCGCCCAGGUGGCUUCAACGUUGCAAGAAGACCACCAGAGGGCGCUGACAGAGGCCCAGCAGGAAGUAGAGAACCUGAGAGAGGAGUUGGCUCAGCAUAGUGUGCAACAUGAAGAGGAGCUGAGAGCUCUGGAAGAGGACUUUGAGAUGGAGAAAGAGAGACUGCUACUCCUCCAAGAGGAGCUCAGUGAGCAGCUGGCUCUCAAAGACAGCUUCCUGCAGGAUGUGCAGGAAGAUGAGGAGGAGCCUAGCGGCCGCAGCUCAGGAAUGGCCAGGAUGUUGGAGCUGUCUGGUUUAAGUCUGAUUGAUGCCAGUGAUGGAGAGACACAGAGCAGACAGCUACGAUCUGCCCUGGAGGACCAGCAAUCCCAGAAUACCAUGCUGCAAGAAGAGCUGACUUUCCUGGGGAAUGUGAAGACUGAACUGGAGGCGGAGCUUGAGAGGGUGAGGGAGGAGUUUCAUACAGAGAACGAGGAACUACAGUUUAAAAUCGAAGAGUUGCUGAUGACCCGGGAGGUUGCGACCCCUAACCGUGAUCUUCUGAGCCUGGAAACCCCUAACCGUGACCUUCAGGAGGCUCAAGCUUUCACUCAGCUCCAGCAGAGCGGCCCACAGAGAGAUUCAGUAGACGGCCUACCUGCCAGUCCUGCUAGCCCCUCCAGCCCCAGACAGAGCCUGUCCUGCCCUGUCCCUGGUGCAACCCACCAGAGCCUGACCCUGCAAGAACAGCAGGGUCAGGCUCAGGAGCUGAGGUCCCAGUGUGAGUCCCUAGACAGGAGCCAGGCGGUGGCUGAGUACGAACACACCAGAGACAUCCUGAGAGGCCUGGAGACUGAGCAAGGUCAGAGGACCGGGGACGUCACCAGACAGUAUGAAGCUAUGAAGGAACAGGCGGCUUCUGCAGUCCAGGAGCUACAGGAGAGCAUCAGAAGGCUUACUGAGGAGCGAGAUGGUCUGGUGGAGAGGGUGAAAGGGUUAAAUGAAGAUAGAGACAGCCUGUUGGAAAAGGUCCAGGGCCUGGAGAAGAGGCUGGAGAGCUUCCUAAAGCAGACACAGGCAGCCGAGAGGCUGAAGGAGCAGCUGCAGACGUCUAUGGAGGAGAAGACUGCGUUAGCCCUCAAGCUAAAGAACUCAGUAGAGGCGCAGACAGUGUUAGCCUCUGAGCUAAAGGCAUCUCUUGAGGUGCAGACAGUGUUAGCUGUAGAGCUAAGGGCUUCAGUGGAGGAUCUGAGCAAGCAGAACGGGGAGAUCCUCUCUCAGCUACAGAUGAGGGAGAGUGCUGUUCAGGAGUUAGAGGAAACAGUCAAUGUGGUGAGCACAGAGAGAGACAGAACACUGUCAGCACUGCAGGACAGAGAGAUGGAGGUGAUGAGGCUGUGGGAGGAAAGAGCGAGGGAGGUGGAGGAGAGUCAAGGCCAGAGAGAGGAGGUGGCAGAGCUACAGGCUCGUAUAGAGGAGUUAGAGAAGGAGAGGAGCCUGCUGAAGAGUAAUCUAGAGUUGGUGCAGAGGGAGAGUUGUAAGAAUGUGCAGGGGAGCCCAGGGGAGGAGGUGGAGGAGCUGCAGGCUCGUAUAGAGGAGCUGGAGAAGGAGAGGAGCCUGCUGAAGAGUAAUCUGGGAGAGGUGGUGGGAGAUACUGAAGCUCUACAGAAAGACCUAAGGGAGAUGAAACUGGCCAAUGAGAAGAUGAGAACAGAGAACCAAGAACUACUGACACAGGUCAGCCAGGCUACAGAGACACUGGCAGACAGAGAGAGGGAGGAAAAGGAGGGAAGAGAGGAGGAGGAAGAACAGGCGGAGAAGGAGAGGAGAGAGCUACAACAGCAGCUAACAGAGAAGGACACAGUGAUAUCUCAGCUGAGAAGUGAGAUGGCUGGCUUACUGUCUUCAGCCCCGUCUCCUGUCUCAGAGGAGAACACAGCCAAUGAGUUCACUGAGAAAAUCGCCCUGCUGGAGAAGGAACGCAAAGAGAAGGAUGAGAGGAUGAAUAAGAUCAAGGCGGUGGCUGUGAAAGCCAGGAAGGAGCUGGACACCAGCAGGAAAGAGGCUGUGUCGCUGAAGGAGGAAGUAGAGGUGUUGAAGGCUGAGAGAGAGAGAGUGACCAGCUCAAUGAAAGACAUCAUCCAUGGAGCAGAGGGAUACAAGAACUUGCAGCUGGACUACGACAGGCAGACAGAGCAGCUGGAUAAGGAGAGAGAGACGGUGGAGGGAGCUGAGAAACAGAUCUCCGAGCUGACCAAACGUCUAAACAACGCAGUACAACAGCAUGAACAGCUGUGGUCGGAGAGAGAGGACCUGAUGACCGAAUUGGAGACUCUAAGGAAUACGGUGAGACAGAUGGAAGGACAGACAGCAGAACUACACAGACAGACAGACACCCUGAACAGAGACCUGCAGGCUGAGGAACUACUGAAGGAACAGAAGACAAAGGAGCUGUCGUCAUUGCAGAAGGACAUGGAGGAGUUGACAGUUCAGCUCCGCAGACAGAAGCAGCAGUCUCAGCAGACAACACAGGAGCUGGAGCAGCUACGCAAGGAGGCCCAGCAGAGCUCGUUGUUGGACAUGGAGAUGGCAGACUAUGAACGCCUGGUCAAAGAACUCAACACCAAACUGUCAGAGAAGGACGUGUGUGUGGAGGAGCUGAAAACACAGAUACACACACACACACAGAAAGAAGACACACUCAACCAGGAGAUCGAGGUUCUGAAGUCCCAGCUGGACCAAGGGGAGGAUAAGAGCUCCAAGAUGAAACAGCUGCUGGUGAAAACCAAGAAAGACCUGGCUGAUGCCAAGAGACAGGAAGCCAUUCAGAUGAUGACGCUGGCCUCUCUGAAGGGAGAGCUGGAGGCACAUCAACAGCAACUAGAGAACAACAAGAUCCAGUGCUGUGACCUGACUGCGGAGCGCCACAGACUGCAGGAGCAGCUGAGGACUCUGACUGAACAACAGCAGAGAACAAGCAGCUCCCUACAACAGAGACUGACCACACUACAGCAGGAGGCUAACACUGCCAAGGCUGAGCUGUCAUCUGUCACUGCUGAGUUUGACAGCUAUAAGGUCAGAGUUCACAACGUCCUCAAACAACAGAAGAACAAAACCUCAGCACAGAGCGAUGGAGACGCCACUAAACAGGAGAGAGAGCAGAUGGAGUCCUUGGUGGACCAGUAUAAAGCCAAGCUGCAGGACAGUCAGCAGAGUCUGGCGGUGAGCACUGCAGAACUACAACAGCUCCAGAUGGAACAUGACACACUGCUGGAACGACACAACAAGAUACUGCAGGAGACCGUUGCUAAAGAGGCCGAGCUCAGAGAGAGAUUCAUGUCUCUCCAGGCUGAGAUUAUGUCACUGCGAACAGAGCAUGCUCAGACGGUGGGUCAGCUGACCUCGCAGGCCGUGGCCCAGCGCUCAGGGUUCAGGGAGCAGAUCCGCCACCUUCAGGAUGAACACAGAACUACAGUAGAGACCCUGCAGAACCAGAUGACCCGGCUGGAGAACCAACUGUUUACACUGCAGAAACAGACCAGUCCAGCUCCAGUCCAGACCAGUCGUAAGUCAGCGGUGGACCGCCGGCCCGUGGACCAGGGGGGAACGGGGGGGCUGGGCCUCGGUGAUCUCCAGUCCAUGGCUAGAGAGGAGGGGGAGGGCAUGGAGACUUCAGAGACAGAGUCCCUGUCAUCCACAUACCUACCCUCACUGGAGCAACUACUCACCUCCCCAGACCCCAAACAGGAGCCGUUUGUGUGGCAGGUGGAGCCGACUAAAGAGGAGUUGAAUCAGAAGUUGACCACAGCUACACGCAGUAUGGAACACAUGAACAGUCUACUGCAUGAGACCGAAGCUACUAACGCUGUUCUGAAUGAACAGGUCAAUCUGUUGAAGUCUGAAGUGCGUCGUCUGGAGCGUAACCAUGAGCGAGAGAAGAGUGUAGCCAACCUGGAGUAUCUGAAGAAUGUCCUUUUACAGUUCAUCUUCCUGCAGUCAGGCAGCGAGAGACAGGCUCUACUCCCUGUCAUACACACCAUGUUACAACUCAGCCCUGAGGAGAAGAAUAAACUGGCUGCUAUCGCAAUGGGUGAGGAGGAGGUGGGAGGAGCUAGAGGCUCAGGAUGGACCUCCUACCUACACAGUUGGUCAGGCAUCAGAUGAACACACACACAUCAACCAAUCCUCUUUCUACCUGCCUUCACUUUCAUCUGGUCCAUAUGUCUGAUCAACUGAGUAAUUAAAAAGUCUUAAUAUAUUUAUGAUCAUCCAUCUACUUGAAAAAAAGCCAGUAGUCAGCAAUGCCAGUACUCUUUAAAAAAAUAAAAAAAUAAAAAUAUAUAUAUUUUUUUUAGCUAAUGGUACAUUACUGAACCAUUUAUGGUGGGUUAAUUCACCAAUACCUCAGUCAUUACUGGGAUUAUUUUUAUGAGAUAGAUUUUGUUGCUUGUAACAAUCAAUUCCAAGCAACACUUAUGUUUUACAAUAAUUCAUGAAGUGAACUAUGACUGUUGUUUCAGAUUUGACCAUCUGUUUUCAUUGCUCACUCAUCAUAGGUCUGAUACAGGGCAGCAGGUAGCCUAGCAGUUAAAAGGCGCUGUAUGGUCAAUCCGACAUCUACAUUUGCCUUGCAGCAUUUAUGGUGAUAUGGCCUCUGCAGAAGUCAGGUAUUCAUACUCCUUGCGCUUCGCAGAACUGUUGUGAAGGAAGUUGUCAAUGAAGUGAGUUUGUGUUUAUACAGGACCUACCGUCAACCAAUUAUGUCAAUGCGGAGCUAUACUGAGCCCUCCACAUUGUUAAUACAUUUGGAAGGCGCACGGAAAUGUGGUACGGUGCUCAGUUUGGCCUUUUCAUGCCCCCGGAGGCUCCGCAAUUGCGUCACACCCUACAUACGGAGCCUUUGGAUCAACCACAAAUUUGCUUUAAGAGUGUUGUGCCAGUAACCAAAAGGUCGGUGGUUCGAAUCCCCGAGCCGACUAGGUGAAAAAAUAUGUUGAUGUGCCCUUGAGCAAGGCACUUAAUUCGAAUUGCUCCUGUAAGUCGCUCUGGAAAUGAGUGUCUGCUAAAUGAUAAAAACAUAUGUGAUGAAUUGACAAUAUUCACAUGUUCAAAUUCACACCUAUUUAAUUUAUUUUGAUGUAUCAAUAUUACAUACCAAAGGAUGCUCUGGUAAUAUAUAGGUACAUAAUCUGUAAUUGGGAACAACUUAAUAUUGAGUUGCACCAUUUUUGCCCUUAGAACAGCCUCAAUUCACACAUACACAAUCCAUGUCUCAAGGCUUAAACAUCCUUCUUUAACAUGUCUCCUCCCCUUCAUCUACAGUGAUUGAAGUGGAUUUAACAAGUGACAUCAAUAUGAGAUCAUAGCUUUCACCUGGUCAGUCUGUCAUGGAAAGAGCAGGUUUUCCCAAUAUUUUGUACUCUGUGUAUAUAGUAAUUACUAUGUAUUUACUGUGUAAUUACCAUGUUUUUACAAUGUGGGGCUGCGUCUUUUCCAACUUAACCAAACAUGCAGAAAUGGUUCUGGAUAUCAGUGGUUGGGUUAAAUACCAGUCUCUGCUUUGCUCUGUAGUCAUAUGGGAGUGCUUUAUAUCUGAAAUUGCAUCCUAUUUCCCAUAUAUUGGGAAUAAGGGGGCAAACAUGAACUGGCACAUCUCUUACCCAGGGUGACAUGCUAAUAUCAUUGUUCUGUAUCAUUCCUAAGGCAGCUGCUUCUGCUUCUUAUUAAUGAACGAGGGAGGAUUGGGGGGACCAGUAAUACAUGGGAAUAACUGAAUGUACUUUUAAUUAAUCAUUAGGGAAAGUAUUGUGUUAAUGAUGAACAUUUUAUUUUAAGAGAUUUAUUAGGCUAUAGCCUAAGAUUAAACAUGGUUACUGAUUUUUGUAGUACACUGGUGAGGGUUUCCAGUCCUCACAGUUUGGUUGAAGUUGAUGUCUUGUAGUAUUCUGGGUAAGAAGUGUUUUACAAAAGGACAAAUAAGUCCAAAUAUAAGCUUACGUUUUAGACCUACCAUUUUAUGAAGAGGAGACCUGCAAUAAGGAGCCUAACCAUAAUCCUUAUUAUUUAACUGUGAAUACACACGUCAAUUGAAAUAAAUAUUUACUGUGUUAAAGAUUUUAGUUGAUUAAAUAAAGUGAUCUGGAGUGAAAAUGUCCAUUAUAA